GAACAACCGAGAGAAGAUGUAGGGAGUCGUUUUGGUAAACAAAGAUUUAAACGUGAUUAGGUCAAUUUUUUUGCAGAUAAACACACUUCGGUUUGUGUCCGAACAUGUUCCUACUGAAUCUACACGUGCAAUAUAACUCGUAUAAACGAAACCAAAUCUAAAUUGCUCAGUUGCAAGUUCGCCCUAGAGAAUUCUUCUCUGGCCCGCUUCCCAAGGUGCACCGCUCAGAUGAAUCCCCUCCGCUCCAACGCCGCCGUUCUUUCCUCUUCCCGCUGAAGCAGCUCUGCUCCCUCUCCAUGGCCCUGAUGGUGACUUAUUUUCCGUCACGGUUCAGAUCUCCUCCAGAUCCACCGCAGUGGUCGCUGUGUAAGUCUCGUCCGUUUAAAGCUCUCACCCUCACCGUCCCUCCAAAACCUCCAGAACCCCCAGACGUUCCCUUUUUCCUCGCUCCUCCUCUUCAAACCCUCGAAUCCUCCGUCAAUCCCGUCGCCUUCCUCCCUCGUUGCAGCUCUCCGGUUCCUGUUGAUUUCAGCACAGUUUCUCUUUUCAGCUCGAGCCACAGUUUAUCGUUACAGAAACCUCCUUUCUCUCUUAGUCAAGCUUUCAAUAGGUAUUGUCUCUGUUUCUUCUUGGAACAAGUCUUACCUGGAUGAGCCUUGGCUUGAUUUAGGUGUUAAUUGUUUCGAGAUGAAUCUUUUACCUCUGAAUGAGGAUGUUACCCUCCCUUUGAAUCUUCCUUUACCUCAAUUUGAGGAUGUUGCAAGCGAUCUGUCUUUACCUCUACAUGAGGAUGUUACACUGUGUUAUCCCGUUUUAGUACCUCCGUAUGGGUUUGGUAUUAGAACCUUUGUCUGGUUGGUUUUGUUUUCUAUGGUUUCAGGGACUGUUGCUUCUAAAAAUGGAGGUUUUGGAUGGUGUAUCCAUGGUCUUGAUGAAGCCCAUAACUCUCAAAGCUCAGCUAGGAUAUUAUAUGUGGUCUCAACCCUUGCAGCCGAAACUUUAAAGUUGCAGGUGACCCUUCCUUCAGCAUCAUCUGCUGGAUUUUCAAAGUUUCAAGUAAGUUUGGAUUCCAUUGUCCUCUUCUCUGCCCUGCAUCCAGGGAUGGAUUCGAACGAGAUCGCAGGUUGUCACCUUGCCACUCUCUUCGGUCCCCUAUCAUUUAACUUUUAUCAGUGCACAGCAUUAUGUUUGGCUGUUGCAAUUGCUAUGGGUGUGUUCUUCAAACAAUGUUUGUCUAUUACUCUAUUUUGAGAUAUGAAUGAAUGAAUGAAAUCUUUGACAAAAAAAAAAAAACGAAACCAA